AUGCCUGCUUUUUCUGUUGAUAAGUUUGAAGAAGUUGAAUCAGUUGAUAUGAUUGUGAAGAAAGCUGGCUUCAGUUUACCAACUCAUGGUAAUAUUGGGAAGGGAAGAUUGGUUUCAGAUAAGAGGAAGAUUCUUCCAUUUUAUGGAAGUAAAGUUAAACCUCUAAGUACAGAGGAAGCUAUGAGACUAAUUGCUUCACAUAGCAAAACAAGAAAAAUUUCACAUUCAUCUACUUAUAUUCAUAGGAAGUUUAUGCCAGCUAAAGUUCUCCAAAAACAAAGAAACUCUCCAGAGAAGAAGAAGAAGAUGUUUAGUAAUGCAACUGCACUAAAAGCAAAGACUCAUCAACAAACUCAAAACAUAGAUGAUCAAAGGCGGUCAAAUCAACUUGGACGUAUCCCGGUUAUGCAAGAAAACCAUAUUACCAAAGCUUGUAGCCCACGUGAGAAAGUUCUCAAGGCACUGCGUCUUUUCAGAAUUAAGUAUAAAGAGCUGGAUCGAGACAGAGUAGUGUGGCGUGGAGAAUCAAAGUCUGCCGCAGGUAGGUUAGUUUUUGAUACAUUGGCUAGCCUCGUGCGUGAAGGGAAGCAAGUGAAUGCUGAAAAAAUGAUUGGAUCAGUCCCUGGAGUCAAAAUUGGAGACGACUUUCAGUUCAAAACAGAACUCAGCAUUAUUGGUCUCCAUUUCAACAUUCAAGGUGGCAUUGAUUACAUAAGUAGAGGAGGUUUGAAACUAGCUACAAGCAUUGUUUCAUCGGAAGGUAAUAAUGGUUACAUCGAUAGAUUUGACUCUGAUGUGUUGUUUUACUCUGGCCAAGGAGGUAACGUGAGGAGCAAGGAUCCGAAACUAAUCAAAGACCAGAAGCUUGUUACGGGUAAUUUGGGUUUAGCUAAUAGCAUGAGGGAAAAGAAUCCAGUGAGAGUGAUUGUUGGCAAAAAGAACUUGGACCAGAGGGAGAGAGGAAAACGUUACGUGUAUGUUGGGUUAUAUUUGGUUCAAGAGUACUGGCGAGAGAGAGGACCUAGAGGUAAUGUUUUGUUUAAGUUCAAGCUUUGCAGAGCCUCUGGUCAGCCUCCAAUUGACUUGAGAGAUUACUGUUAG